AUGCCUCUCAAAGCCCGGUAUCUGCCACCCCAAACAACCCCAUUGCGCGGGUCUCGAGAACUGAUGAACUCGAGCUGCUGCAUUGCCAGCUUCUCCCCCAGCGAGGAGGCACUAUACUUAUGGCAGAACGCCCUGGUCGACUUGAGCUUCCAGCAUGAGUUCUUGCUCGAUGGAAUACUUGCGCUCUCCGCUAUCCAUAAGGCAGUCUUGAGACCCGAAGCAAGCAAUCCUCUACGACUACGAUCACCGGAAUACAUCGAUCUCGCCAUCAAGAGCUUCCGCUUUCAUCUUGAUCGACCAAGUGCUACGACCAUUGUUCCCCUCUUCUCACUCUCCAGCCUCCUGGUGGUGUAUAACUUUGCAGUUGCCCAGAUCCAGCCUCCAGAUGAUCCUAUCGCUGCCCUUUGCCACAUGGCGAGGCUGAUGAAGGGAAUCGCUCAAAUCACAUCAAACAGUCGAGAUUUAUGGGACCACCUGCUUGCUUCUGUGGUUAAGCCGCUGCUCAUCUCACUCGACCGAGACUUGACCGGGGUCAGCGAGACGCCUGAACUUCUUCGACUCCGGGACUGGGUGAUUCAUAUGCAGGACCUUGAUCCUGUCAUACGCAAAACUUAUCUGGAGUCUAUUGAUGAGCUGCACGUUGUCUUUCGAAACGUGCGCAGCCCGGACGGCGGGAAACGUUCUCCCAUAGCUGUCGCCCUGAUCUGGCCUGCGACGCUUUCGCCGAGCUUCCUGGAUUAUCUAGAUCGAAAGGACCCGGUUGCGCUUGUGAUCCUGGCACAUUUCGCGAUCUUGUGCCGCCUUCACGAAGACGCCUGGUUUAUGCGGAGCUGGGGCGGAUGGAUCUUCGAGGCUGUAGAGAAAGAACUCGGGCCCCAAUACCAAAGCUACGUCGAAUGGCCGAGGCAGGCACUGCAACCAGCGGAAGUGAUGGCUCGUGAGGCCUACGAAUGA